GAUCCUCUGCAGCAAUGGCUGGCUUUCUAGCUUGGUUGUUUAUUUCUUUGUGUUUAUUAGGUUUUGCUGGAGCCGUUUUCGAAGACCAAGUGGGGAAAUUUGAUUGGAGACAGCAGUUUGUCGGUGAGGUGCGUUUCGCCCUCUUUGAUAGUCAUUCCCAAGCAUCUAAAAAGCUCCUAGUUGCAACAGAAAAGAACAUUUUUGCCUCCCUCAAUUCCAGAACUGGAGAGCUCUUCUGGAGACAUGUGGACAAGCCAGGACCAGAGGGACACAUAGAUAUGCUUCUGGUCCAUGGGCAAGAUGCCGUUGUUGUUGUUGGGAACGGACGUCUUCUGCGUUCCUGGGAGAGCAAUAUCGGUGGCCUGAAUUGGGAGACAGUGCUCGACACUGGAAGCUUUCAGUCUGCUGCCUUUGUUGGAGUGCAGGACCUGGUGAAGUAUGUAGCAGUGCUUAAGAAAUCUGCCGUCUCUCUACAUUACCUCUACAAUGGCCAUCAGAAAUGGGUGGAAAAUCUCCCAGACAGUGACAUUGUUCAGUAUCAGAUGGUCUAUUCUGGAGGAAAUGGACCGAUCUUCAUUCUGGGUGUGGUCCCCAACUCUCAUAUAGUUAUUAUUGAAUAUAACAUUGAAGAUGGAGAAAUCAUGAAACAGAAAUCGGUAGAUGCUUCGUGGGUGACCAGCUUACAAUCCAGCUGUGUGGUUGUCGGUCCCGGAAUGCUUUUAUGUGUUGACCCGAGCACAGAGUCCAUUUACACCUUACCGCUGCAAUCUGAGGACCAGCCGAAAGUGACCCAGAUUCCACUCCAGACUCUGGGCCUAGAUGUGGCUUCAGGGUUUCAGCCGCGUUUGAUCUCCUCUCAGCCUCACCCCGCCCGUCCUCCUACGUCUGAAUUCUUUCUGCAGCCCAGCCCACACCGUCACGCCCUGCUGCAGCUUAACGAUGGCACUGUUACUCUUCUCAGAGACUUUAACCCAUCAUACCUGGUUGCGUUUGCAAAUACUGGGGAAAAAACAGUCGCUGCUGUUAUGUCACCAAAAAAUGAAACGGCAUGCGCCAUCAACCUGUUCAGUGCCGAUGCAGGAAGGAGACUCCUUGAUACCUCGAUCACCUAUUUACUGGAUCCUAAUGGAGGAAAGCCAACUAGGUUGUACGUCAAUGCCUUCCUGAAGAAAGACGACUCUGUGGGCUACAGGGCGAUUGUGCAAACUGAAGAUCUUGUUCUGACUUUCCUACAACAGCCUGGUCGGGUUGUGUGGACUAGAGAGGAGGCCCUCGCUGAUGUGGUUACUAUGGAGAUGGUGGACUUGCCGCUUACUGGAACACAAGCAGAACUGGAGGGCGAAUUUGGAAAGAAAGCUGAUGGGCUUUUAGCCAUGGUUUUAAAGCGACUCUCGUCCCAGUUCAUCCUUCUGCAGGCCUGGAUUGGCCAUCUGUGGAAACUCUUCUACGACGCCCGAAAGCCUCGCAGCCAUGUGAAGAAUGAGGUCACUAUUGAAACCUUGUCUCGGGACGAGUUCAACCUGCAGAAGAUGAUGGUGAUGGUAACUGCCUCAGGGAAGCUGUUUGGCAUUGACAGUAAGUCUGGAACCAUUUUGUGGAAGCAGUACUUGGAGAAUAUCAAGCCCAAUUCGGUUUUCAAACUGGUGGUGCAGAGGACAACUGCUCAUUUUCCUCAUCCACCUCAAUGCACUUUACUCAUUAAAGAUGAGGACACAGGCCUGGGAAGCCUCCAUGUCUUCAAUCCUAUCUUUGGCAAGAAGAGCCAUAUCAGUGUUCCGGCUUUGUCCAGACCUGUCCUUCAGUCUCUGUUGCUGCCCAUAAUGGAUCAGGACUAUUCCAAAGUCCUUCUUCUGAUAGACGAUCAGUAUAAGGUCACAGCUUUCCCAUCCACUAAGAAUGUCUUGCAGCAGCUGCAAGAGAUGGCGUCUUCCAUUUUCUUCUACCUGGUGGAUUCCAGUCAGGGCAGACUCUCUGGUUUCCGUCUACUUAAGGAUCUGUCCACUGAACUCAUCUGGGAGGUGGUCAUCCCCACUGAGGUGCAGAAAAUAGUGGGAGUGAAAGGCAAGCGUGCUAAUGAGCAUGUCCACUCCCAGGGCAGAGUCAUGGGGGACCGCAGUGUGCUUUAUAAGUAUCUGAACCCCAACCUGCUUGCAGUGGUCACUGAAAGCACAGACACGCAUCAGGAGCGCAGUUUUGUGGGGAUUUUCCUUAUCGAUGGCGUGACUGGCCGUAUUGUCCAUGAAGCUGUGCAAAGGAAGGCACGAGGACCGGUUCACUUUGUGCACUCGGAGAACUGGGUAGUGUAUGCCUACUGGAACACAAAGUUGAGGAGGAACGAGUUCUCUGUGCUUGAGCUCUUUGAGGGAAUGGAGCUAUAUAACAGCACAGUGUUCAGCUCUUUGGAUAGACCUCACCCACCUCAGGUUCUGCAGCAAUCCUACAUAUUCCCCUCUCCUAUAAGCACUCUAGAGGCCACACUUACUGAGAAGGGCAUCACCAGUCGUCACCUACUCGUGGGACUCCCAUCAGGAAACAUCCUGUCUUUACCGAAGAUGUUUCUGGACCCACGGAGACCAGAAGUAGCCUCUGAACAGAGCCGAGAGGAAAAUCUAAUACCAUAUUCUCCUGAAAUGCCAAUACGCACUGAGUGGUUUAUUAACUACAACCAAACUGUGUCAAGGGUGAGGGGUAUCUAUACUGCCCCAUCUGGCCUGGAGUCUACAUGCCUGGUUGUUGCAUAUGGCCUUGAUAUCUACCAGACCAGAGUUUACCCUUCCAAACAAUUUGAUGUCCUUAAGGAUGAUUAUGAUUAUGUACUGAUCAGCAGUGUACUUCUUGGUCUAUUCUUCGCUACUAUGAUCAGCAAGCGGCUGGCAGAAGUAAAAUUACUUAAUCGUGCAUGGCGAUAAAUGCAACUAUUUGGCCUGACCGCUGCACUCUUCCCAUUUAAGCCAUGUGAUUGACACAUUGAUGACAGUAGACCACCUGAUGCCCACAUUAGACUGCAAGAUUACAGUGAGCGUUGUGAAAGACACCAGUUUGGGCUGAUGGCAUAUAUGUAUAUUUAAUUUUUUUUUUAAAGAAAGGCUUACUGUCUUUAAUGCAAGAAAGGUAUAAAUAGUGUUUCCCCACUCCAUUAAGCAGUUCAUUCUUAAAUUAUUUGCUAUAAAUUUAGACCUACUAUCUAUGUUUUAGGAAUGAAGUCUGUACGGAUGUUCACAUUUUCACGGAGAUUAAAUUAAUAUAAAUUAAUUUAUUUUGUUUGCUAACCCUGGUCAAUUUACAUGAAAUGUACCUCUUAACAAAUAAGUUAGUUUUAAAGGUAGAAACUUUAACCAGUAGCCUACAUUUUUUUUGAUGCUGAACUACGCACUAAUCAAGGUUUUUAAUUCUAGGUCCUGGGUCUACCUUUAAACUGAUGGUCAAGUACUGUAAAUUUUUAUUAAUAAAAGUAUAAAUGCAGA